ACCGGAAGCGGCGGCUCGGGUGUCAGGGUGUCAUGGCGUCACGGCGGCGGGUGCGGCGGGGCUAGCGGGUGGUGGACGACUGGACGAUGGCCUCUCCGGGGCCGAGCGAGCCGGGCGAGCCAGGCGGCGAGGCGGAGGCGGAGGCGGGCGCGGGGCCGCUGCUGCCGCUGCAGCGCGAGCCGCUGUACAACUGGCAGGCCACCAAGGCGUCGCUCAAGGAGCGCUUCGCCUUCCUCUUCAACUCGGAGCUGCUGAGCGACGUGCGCUUCGUGCUGGGCAAGGGCCGCGGGGCCGCCGCUCCCGGGGGACCCCCGCGCGUACCCGCGCACCGCUUCGUGCUGGCGGCCGGCAGCGCCGUCUUCGACGCCAUGUUCAACGGCGGCAUGGCCACCACGUCUGCCGAGAUCGAGCUGCCCGACGUGGAGCCCGCCGCCUUCCUGGCGCUGCUGCGGUUUCUGUAUUCAGAUGAAGUCCAGAUCGGCCCGGAGACGGUGAUGACCACUCUCUAUACUGCCAAGAAGUACGCAGUUCCCGCCCUGGAGGCGCACUGCGUGGAGUUUCUCACCAAACACCUCAGGGCGGAUAACGCCUUCAUGCUACUGACUCAGGCGCGGCUGUUUGACGAGCCUCAGCUGGCCAGUCUCUGUCUGGACACCAUCGACAAGAGCACGAUGGACGCCAUCAGCGCGGAAGGCUUCACUGACAUCGACAUUGACACACUCUGUGCGGUUCUAGAGAGAGAUACACUGAGCAUCCGAGAGAGCCGCCUCUUUGGAGCCGUGGUCCGAUGGGCAGAGGCCGAGUGUCAGAGGCAGCAGUUGCCUGUGACGUUUGCAAACAAGCAGCAGGUUCUCGGGAAAGCGCUGUCCCUGAUCCGCUUCCCGCUGAUGACCAUCGAGGAGUUUGCUGCAGGUCCUGCUCAGUCCGGGAUCUUGUCAGACCGGGAGGUGGUAAACCUAUUCCUUCACUUCACCGUCAACCCCAAGCCCCGGGUUGACUACAUCGACCGGCCGCGCUGCUGCCUGCGUGGCAAGGAGUGCUGCGUCAACCGCUUCCAGCAGGUAGAGAGCCGCUGGGGCUACAGCGGGACCAGCGACCGCAUCAGGUUUACAGUUAAUAGAAGAAUCUCCGUGGUUGGGUUUGGCUUGUACGGGUCUAUCCACGGGCCCACAGAUUAUCAAGUGAACAUACAGAUCAUUGAAUAUGAAAAGAAGCAAACCCUGGGACAGAACGAUACUGGCUUUAGUUGCGAUGGGACUGCUAACACGUUCAGGGUCAUGUUCAAAGAACCUAUAGAGAUCCUGCCCAAUGUGUGCUACACAGCGUGUGCGACCCUCAAGGGUCCAGACUCUCAUUAUGGCACAAAAGGAUUGAAGAAGGUAGUACAUGAAACAACAGCUCCUACAAAGACCGUCUUUUACUUCCUUAGUUCCCCUGGCAACAAUAAUGGCACUUCAAUAGAAGAUGGACAGAUACCGGAAAUAAUAUUUUAUACCUAACUUAGUAGAGGGCAGUGCUAAGUUGGCUCAACAAUACUGGAUCACCCAGCUCGAAGGCAUAAAAAACUGGCCAUAAAAAUAGUUUGAGUGUUGUAUUUAUAAUUGUAAGAAGGAAACAUUUUAGUUUCUUAGAGGAGAUAGAAAAUGUCAAUUUAAAGCUCUACAUGAUUUCAAGGCAGAUUUUUCCAUUUCCUUAUGACUUUAGGGGAAAACUUGGUUAAAAUUUUUAAUGCAGCUAGUUCAGCUUUAUCUUGUAUAAUUUCAUAGAUCACUGACUCAUGAUCUUUCAACAGUUUUACAGUUGAAAGAUACUUGUCAUGUAUAGUUGUGUGCCUGUGUGUGUGUUUGUUUGUUUGUUUGUUUUUUAACUAUUUUGAGGUUGAUUGUGGUGUGCGUUUUAGGCUUGAAAGCUACAUGAAAUCAGGUGGGUCAUAUUCCUGCAGAAUUCCCAUGAAUUCAAAUAAUUUCAGAAAAUUAAGGAAAAAAACUUUGUAAAACUUAGACUUUUUAAAUUAUCUGAUUGUUAACAUUUGUAUUGUUGCUAGAAAUAGGCCUUGCAAUGCCCACAAGAACUCCAGAACAGGUUAUUUCAUGAUAGUAUAAAAAUGUGUUGCAUACAGUUUUAAGUGAUAGAGUUUGUGCAAAUUGACAAUAAUGUGAUAGAAACAGAGGAUCUGAAACUGUUCGGUAUCCCUGCUGUUCCCAGAUCAGAUAGUUAAUUAGAUGGUGGUAAGGGUGAAUGCUUGCUCAGGGCAUUGCCGUGGCAGUAAUUUCACAUACUAAGAAACUCACUGAGAGACAAGCAUUUCUCACAAACAUGUGGAGGCAGUCCUGCCACCUCCGCCAAUCUGCCCAAGAAGCAGACUGCUAAGACUCCUCCACAGCUCUGGCCCUCCAGUGACAUGAUUUUUAUAAAGCUAAUUUUUACAUAUUUACAAUUCUUCCUUGAAGUGAUUACCUUAUUAAACACUUAGGUGCAAUUAAGUUUAAGGUAUAUAAAAUAGUUGUGAAGAUGGUUAAAAGCUACAGUUCUUUCAAGUAUUUAAAAAGGUUUUUUUCCCCCUAAAGAGUAACUAGGUUAUACUUUUUUUUUUCAUUAACAGUAAUAUUUUGUAUUUCCAAGAAAGUAGUUGAGAGUGUUGGUGGCUGAGGUCGAUUGAAAGUGCUCAGGAAAGGGGGGACCCUGCUGUCUGGGCCAUGACCUCACAGAUCAAAUCUUAGCGAGCUGGUUCUGGCCAGCUUGGAGACCAACAAGCCUCCCCACACAGUAGCCGGAAUGGAAGAUGUUUCUACCUUUAAAGGUAUGGUAUGGCAGAGAAAAGCAAAUGUUUACCUGGCACCUGACACAGUGUCACAGGCUGCACUAUGUGGCACUGAACCGUGGUGGUAUCAGAAGGCGGUGCGAGGAACGUCCUGGAAUUUAAGAAAUAAAUACCUACUCUCCUUG